AUGGACGCGCUCAUGCGGCUACUGCUGCUGCUGUUGUUGCUUGUGCUGCUGCUGGCGCUGCUACCCCGGCUGGUUCUGCUCUGUUGCGACUGCAAUGAUAUUGUGGGCUUCACGACCAUGAGCAAGAUGGUCCCCGCGGCGGCUGUGAUGGCCUUCCUCAGCGAGCUUUACUCCAAAUUGGACGCACUUGUGGAUCAGUACGGCGUUUGGAAGGUAGAGACCGCGGGCGAUUGCUACAUCGUGGCGGCUGGCGUUGUACGGCAGGAUGCAGACGGCUUCCAGAGCGUGCCUCCACCACCGCAGCCACCGUCUGUGGUGGCGUAUCCGCAGCAGCAGCAGCAGCAGCAGCCGAACACGGAGAUCCGUCCGUGGCUUGGUCGUGGCUCGGCGGCUGCAUCGGCACCGCAGUGCCCGCAGGUCUUCAGCGGUGUCCACCACCUGCCGUCGCCAAAGCCCUCCGACCCUGAAGCGUCCAACGCGGGGCAGCGUCAAGUCGAGCAUCCCGACAGCGGCGCUGGCGUCGGCGGAGCGACAACUAGGGUGGCAGCUGAUGCUGCUGCUGCUGCUACGCCGGUGGAUAAUGAUGUGCCAUCGGCAGAGGCGCGGCGCGACGCGGAAGCAGUGUUUCGCUUCGCGUUGGCGAUGUUGGAGGCGGCGCGUGAGGUGCGGAUGCCGCACAACGGAGAGCCCGUCCAACUGCGAGUGGGCAUUCACAGUGGUCCUCUGGUCAGCGGCGUAAUCGGCACGAAGAUGCCUAAGUUCGCCCUCUUUGGUGAUACCAUGAACACGGCCAGUCGCAUGGAGUCCACCUGCAAGCCGGCCUACGGGAGGCGUACUGAUCAAAGGCAAAGGUGUCAUGGAGACCUACAUAUAUGA